AUGCAAUUCAAAGUCGCCGCACUCUUCACCGCCCUCUCCGCCUCGACGGCCCUGGCCGCGCCCGUCUCGGUCGCCGCCGCCGAGGAAUGGACGCUCCAGGGCGUGACGCGAACCUGCGACGCCGCCGACACGACGUGCGCGUGGUCCUUUAGCAUCUCGACGGGCGCGGCCAACACCACGGCGGUGCCGUGCCCGUACGUGGUCAACGCGACGGCCUCGGCGCCCGCCUCGCAGGCCAACGGCGGCCCCACGGCCUGUGGCGCCUUCACCGUGCUCAGCGGCUGGAGCGGCCAGUUUGGCGAGGGCGAGGGCUUCACCACGCUGAGCAUUGUGGAUUAUCCCAAUAAGCUCAUUGCCUAUCCGGCCUACAAGGACACGGAACUCGCCGACGGCGCGACUGUUUCCCCGGAUAGAAGCUACCCGGUUCAGAGCCUACCUUGA